UUUGUCAAGGUGCAGGGAGCGAUCUGUUUAUCUAGGCUAGCUUUAGAUUGGUAGUACAUGCUUCAGAUCCUCAGGAAAUUGUUCUCAGCUCACAAAAACAUCAUGAAGCACCUCAGAAUCUCAGCACAUCCAGCCGCUGUGGCUUAUUCCAUGACCACGCUCGGAUCCAGCAUGAUGAACAGCAUCUUUAGCUUCUAUUACGUGAAGCUCUUCUUGAACAAGUACAGAAUAUCAGAAGCGGCUUUCCACCAGUCUCAGGUGGUCUACAUGAUUUGGAACGCGCUUAACGACCCGCUGUUUGGUUACCUUCAGGACAACUCGAACAUACAAUGCUGUUCUUUACGAAGACUGUCUAUUCUGUAUGGAGCACCAUUCUACAGUUUGGCCUUCCUGCUCACCUGGUUCCCCUGGAGGGACUAUGCACCUGAAGACUGGCUGAGUGGUGUCCACCUGGUGGUCACACUAUGUGCCUUUGACGGCAUGCUGACAUUUGUGUUAUUGGCUCAGUGUGCCUUAUUUGCAGAGAUUUCAGAGCACCACCACAACAGAGUCAGGCUGAUCAAGUACAACCAGGUGGCAUCUCUGCUGGGUUCCUCCAGUGUGCUCUUAUGUGGCCUUGUUUCCAACAACAUGGACAACUUUGCUGCCUUUCAGGGCUUUUGCUUUCUGGUGGCUGUGCUGGGCUGCAUCUGUAUGGUCUACACUGGCCUGCACAGCGAGGGCCGCUUUGACAGAAAGUACUCGGAUACAGACUCCCAGCAGCCCGCUCUCUCGCUCUCUUCAGUGAUCACCAUGACAUGGCAAAUUAUCUCUAACAGAGACUUCCAGCUGUUUGUGGUGAUGAACUUCUUCCAAGUCUUCAUGCUGGCCUUCUGCAACAAUUUUGCCAUGAUCUUUGUGGACCACCUCAUACCCGCUGAUGUCCUUCCAUCACUGGCCAAGAGCUUUAUGUACGGAGCUGGAUUCAUCUGCCCUCAGUUGCUGGUGUUGAGCAGUCAGAAUCUGCUUCAUGUGUUUGGAUACUACCGACUCAUCCUCAUGACCUUCUAUGUGGAGGCCGCCGCUGCUGCUUUAAUGCUGCUGUUGGGUCCAAACCACCACUAUUGUUUGGCUUUGUUCAUCACAGCAAACAUGAUUUUGGUCCAGAGCGCUUUCAGUCUCUUCGGUCUUCCACUUGCAGACAUCAUUGAUGCAGACUUAGAAAAGUACAAGCGCAGCUCUCCACUCUCCUCAAUGGUUUUUGGGACCAAUGCUCUUUUCACCAAACCCGGCCAGUCUUUGGCUCCUAUGUUGGUGGUGGCCAUUCUGAAUCAGUAUGGCUAUGAAGACAUAAAGGAUGGAAAAGUUACAGAACCAAGUGCAGUCAAUGCCCUUCACAACAUCAUGUUCUACUUGAUUUGCAUCGUGCCAAUGUGUGUGACUGCUGUACAGGUUAUUGCAUGGAAGCCGUUCUCCAUCAGGAACAGUCAUACAACGGACUCAAAGUAUACAGAGGGAUGAUUUUUUUACAUUUUUAUGUAAAAAUCUUUUUACUCUUGCAGUCAGAAUAGUUGUUUCUAAUUGCAGACUAGGGGAUACCAAGGUAUGGAGGGAAUAAUUGUUUUUUAUUGGUGGGUUUGGGUGUUCAAAUGUGUUUCUGAAUCUAUUUUGUAAUAGUAAUAAUGCUGUAUAAGCUGGAAAUAUGGCUAAAAAACUUGUUUUUCUACUCCUAGCUGGUGGCAGAUGAAAAUGAAAGUAUUAUAUUUGAUUCUAAAUUAAGGUGGGACAGGGAGCUUAAAGGGAACUGAAAGCAACUGAAAACAUGAAAUGAAAGCUGUUCGACACUCCAUGUUGGAUGUGAUGUGCUGCUCAGGUCUGUGCUUAAAACUUUCCUGCAGCUGGUAUCAUAUUAAUUAAUAUUAAAAAAUGAUAAUCAACAUGUCUGUAAGAAUACUGCACUUUUUUAGAUAAACAAAUUGUUGUUUACGGAAGCAUGUGAUUUUUUUUUUUACACAGAAUAAAUUCAAAUCAUUAAUGUAUAAGGUGACUUCCUAUGUAUUUAUCAUAGGCAUAGUUCCCUUUUUUAUAAUCCUGUGCCUUUCUGUCAUCCUAAACUGCAUUUCUGAUGUUACAAUUGCAUUUAUUUGACCAGCUUUAUUUGAGGUCAAUUGUAAGACGUUGUGUUAAACUUUGAGGUUUAUGAAUGUUAAGAAUCAUCUACUGUACAAAAAAAUGAAUGAAUACAUGAAAAAAGAUA